GGCUCGAAGUUGGCCAGCACGGCCUGGGCGGCGCGGCCGGGCAGCGCGCCGCCGCUGGCCCUCGGCAUGGCUGCCGAUGUGGUGACCUCCGCCGCGGCGAGGUGCAGAAGCCCCGCUCUCGCCCUCUCGUGCGCCGCAAUGCCUGCGAAGCGCCAGAUUACGGAGCUCGCGGAUCGCGCGACGGCGUUGGAGCGCGGGCACGCCCGCGCUCACGCCAAAAUCGACGACCUGGUGAGGCAUCGGAACGCGGUGAUCGUAGGGUCGUCCGCCCUCAAGAACCUCCACGCGGAAAAGGUCUUCAACGGCGGCAACCGCUGGGGCACGUUCAAGGCAGGCGUCGCCGACGCCCUCGUCCCCGAGCUCGCGCGCCACAUUGGGCCCCCCGACGACCUCGUCGGCCCCGUCGGCUCCGACGUGGACGGGGUGUUCGCGAGCGCGCGGCCAGCACUGGCCCGCCUCAACCAGCUUCUCCGCGCCCCCGGCGCCGCCCAGAACAUUCACGCCAAUUCGCGCAAGGGGCCAGGGGGGACGCGCGUCGUGAACGGGGACUUCGAGCUGAAGUUCAAGUUCCUCGGGCCGGCGGGGGAGAUCGCCAAAUGCAUCGAGGCCCUGGACAGAUCGUUGCGCAUGGCGCCUGGGCUUCCGGUACGUCAGCCAGACGGUCUACAGGCGCCCGCCCUCACGCGGCGCCCAACCGCCAACGCGCUCAUCAUGUUUUUUGCGACCACGGACACGGUGGUGGAGGAGGGCUUCGACGACAGGAUCGUGGAGGUGGAGGUGGAAGUCGCGGAGGACGAGGACGUCGAUGGGGAGGUGACGGACGAGGCCACCGCGUCGUUCCCCGCCCCGGGCGCGCUGCUGGUUGCAGGGAUAUCGUUGCAUCCUGCCACGGCUCGCGACACGCCACGCGUGUACGAGACCGGGGGAGACUGCAUCGAGACGGCCCUGGGCCAAGACGACUACGAUGGCGACGAGGCGGUCACGGCGAAGGUCAAGCGAGCGGCAAGCGGAGCGGGAGAGAGGGGCCGGUUGAAGCGGCGGCUGGGCGGCGAGAGCGGAG